GGACAGGGUCGAGGGAGCUGUAUAUAAGGACAUGCAUCUCCCCAUACCAACAGUCUUGGUGAAGCUGUGUUAUCUUCCCUGUGUCUUGCUCUCACACCAUGAAAACUCCGUAUGUGAUAAUGGUGGUGGUGGCGCUGGCCGUCCGGAUGGAUUCGACCCAAGCCAUGCCCGAUCCCAUAGCUGUGGCUCACCCUCAGUUCGGCUACGGAUAUGGAAGUGGAGAAAAUGGAGGGUGGGGCGGUGGCUUCCAGGACGGCUUUGGGAGGGACCAACAAUACGGUUACGGCGGUGGCUGGGGUGGUGGCUUCCAGCCAGGCUAUGGCAGUCAAGAAUACGGCAAUGGCGGAGGUUGGGGCGGUUACUAUCGUAAAUAAUAUAGAACACUUAUACCAACGAACACAUGCAUGGAAAACGAAGACCCGACUAUCGACUUGAGAAUGGUCCAGGACGGACCAAAACGUCGUCGUCCUUUCACCUUCUAGUGUGUAGUCUGGUCAACCCAUCAUUGUGAAUCUGCAAGUGAAAUAAAGUGCCAAACUUCGACUCCUGCCACCGUGGAAGUUAAUAUUCAAUGGGCUAUGACUUGGAGGACUGGAAAAUGAGAGUACUGGAACAGGUUUGGCUAAAUAACACGAUCCAGUCCAUCCGUCCAUCGCCAGCCUCCAGCUUCUAAAUGCAGUCAACCUCAGCACCUCACUCUGCAUUCCACAGCGUUUUUAACCUCCAAAACCUCCAGGAUACAAUUACUCAUCGGUUAUUGCAUAUACAGAACAUUUUUUUACUGUCAUUGACAGUUGUGAGUUAAGUAUACCAUAUAGUGUUAUAUACUCUAUGUUACAUGUAUAAACAUACUCUCCAGAUAUGUUGCAAUUGACUUUAUUUUUAAUUACUUUUAUAUUAGCGAUCACACAAAACACAUAUACUACCAACAAUAAACAAACAUUAAUCUA